CACCCACUCACCCACACUCUCACUCACUUACCUCAACUCACUCUUACACGCCCGGCCUGCCUUUACUGCCUUUACUUUUAGGGCCCUUCCUCUUCCCCGGUUCGCGGUAUCUGCAAACUUUCACUCUCUCUCCAAUUCCUCAAAACCUCUUCCGCGCGCCGCACGCUCACCUUCGAGGCACUCUCCACUCCUUCAUACCGCCUCGUCCUUUAUCUCCCUCCGUUCCCUUGGAUGGCCGACGCAACCCUCUCUUACUCAGACUCAGCUCUCCCUUCCUCCUCCGCUGUCGCCGCCGCAAUCGCCGCCUUCUACGUCCCAUCGACGAAACGUUUUGACUCACAAUUCAUUCACUGCUGCAACGACCGAUGAUCUCGCUAUUACGUCCCGCGCUUUUCUCCCACAUCCCGUAGACGCGGAUCUUCUUUGACUGCAGCUUGCGACCCAUUCGCUGCUUUCUAUCUGCUCCGUUCUUGACGCACGCAACCCCCGAUGACCACAUCCAAAACCGAAGAGAAACAAAUUGCGAUACCUACUUUCGUCAUGGAGCCAAAACCAGGUGCCACUCCCGCUAUGUUGCAACCCCCGCAAGACUCCCGACUCGAGCGCAUCCAAGAGUUCCUCGCCCAGCCCGUGAUCGCGUCCUUCAUCGCUGGCGGUGUCGCUGGAGCGGUGUCGCGGACCGUAGUCUCGCCAUUGGAGCGACUGAAGAUCCUUUUCCAGGUGCAGAGCGCUGGUCGGAACGAAUAUAAGAUGUCCGUUCACAAAGCAUUGGCUAAGAUGUGGCGCGAUGAAGGUUGGCGAGGCUUCAUGGCGGGCAAUGGCACCAAUUGCAUUCGCAUAGUUCCAUACUCGGCCGUUCAGUUCUCGGCCUAUAAUGUUUACAAGCAGUUUUUCGAAGAUACCCCCGGUGCUCAAUUAGGUCCUUACCAGCGUCUGUUUUGCGGAGGCAUCGCCGGAAUAACAUCGGUCACAUUCACAUAUCCUCUUGACAUCGUGCGAACACGGUUAUCGAUUCAGUCAGCAUCUUUCGAGACAUUAAAGAAGACUGAAGGCCAGAAACUGCCGGGAAUGUGGGGUGUGCUCACCAGCAUGUACAAGAACGAGGGAGGCUUCCGCGCCCUGUACCGCGGCAUCAUACCGACCGUAGCAGGCGUCGCGCCGUACGUGGGAUUGAACUUCAUGGUCUACGAGAUCGCGCGGAACCAGUUCACACCCGAAGGCCAGGCCGACCCGUCCGCCCUCGGCAAGCUGGGUGCUGGAGCCGUCUCAGGAGCCGUGGCACAGACGUGCACAUAUCCGUUCGAUGUUCUGCGGCGGCGAUUCCAGGUCAACACCAUGACCGGCAUGGGAUACCAGUACAAGGGGAUCUUCGACGCGAUCCGGAUGAUCGUCAAGACGGAGGGUUUGCGGGGAUUGUACAAGGGAAUCGUGCCAAACCUCCUCAAGGUCGCGCCGAGCAUGGCUAGUAGUUGGCUCAGCUUCGAGAUGACAAGAGACUUCGUCAUGGGCAAACGCCGGGAAAAUUUCUUGUAGAUCAUCACCCGAUCCCCGCGUUUCACGAUCGAAAGAGAGAGAGUGCGUGUGUGUGGCGUGACAGAUUCCCAUUCCAAGGGUUGAAAAAUACCUAGGUAGUCUAGUCAUGUUCAAAGCCAAAAAAGAAAGAAAGAGACCGACAUACGAAAACUAACAUAACAGCGUUUUCAACGAAACCACGAUCUGCGUAAAGAAUCGUUUCACCAAGAGAACCCACCACCCCAUUGUAAAAAAAUUAAAACCAUCCACGAAAUAGAAACCCAUCUUCCACACUGCUGGAGCACUUUUCUUCUU